UAGAAGCUGACCCUCACAGCUCUGCUCCCUCCAGCACCAUGUCAUACAACUGCUGUCUGCCCGCCAUGAGCUGCCGCACCAGCUGCUCCUCCCGGCCCUGCGUGCCCCCCAGCUGCCAUGGCUGCACCCUGCCAGGGGCCUGCAACAUCCCCGCCAACGUGGGCAACUGUAAUUGGUUCUGCGAGGGCUCCUUCAAUGGCAACGAGAAGGAGACCAUGCAGUUUCUGAAUGACCGCCUGGCCUCCUACAUAGAGAAGGUGAGGCAGCUGGAGAGAGACAAUGCAGAGCUGGAAAGCCAGAUCCAGCAGAGGAACCAGCAGCAGGACCCCCUGGUGUGCCCUGCCUACCAGUCCUACUUCAGGACCAUCGAGGAGCUGCAGCAGAAGAUUCUCUGCGGCAAGUCUGAGAACGCCAGGCUGGCGGUGAAGAUUGACAAUGCCAAGCUGGCAGCCGACGACUUCAGGACCAAGUAUCAGAAGGAGCUGUCCCUGCGGCAGCUGGUGGAGGCUGACAUCAAUGGCCUGCGCCGGAUCCUGGAUGAGCUGACCCUCUGCAAGUCUGAUCUGGAGGCUCAGGUGGAAUCCCUGAAGGAAGAGCUGCUGUGCCUCAAGAAGAACCACGAGGAGGAAGUCAACACCCUGCGCUGCCAGCUUGGAGACCGCCUCAACAUAGAGGUGGACGCUGCUCCCACCGUGGACCUGAACCGCGUGCUCAAUGAGACCAGGUGUCAGUACGAAGCCCUGGUGGAAACCAACCGCCGGGAAGUGGAGGAAUGGUUCACCACACAGACUGAGGAGCUGAACAAGCAGGUGGUAUCCAGCUCUGAGCAGCUGCAGUCCUACCAGGCAGAGAUCAUCGAGCUGAGACGCACGGUCAACGCCCUGGAGAUCGAGCUGCAGGCCCAGCACAACAUGAGAAACAGCCUGGAGAGCACUCUGACUGAGAGCGAGGCUCGCUACAGCUCCCAGCUGUCCCAGGUGCAAUACAUGAUCACCAACGUGGAGUCCCAGCUUGGGGAGAUCCGUGCUGACUUGGAGCGUCAGAACCAGGAGUACCAGGUGCUGCUGGACAUCCGGGCCCGUCUGGAGUGCGAGAUCAACACGUACAGGAGCCUGCUGGAGGGCGAGGACUGCAAGCUUCCCUGCAAUCCCUGCGCCACCACCAACGCCUGUGGCAAGCCCAUCGGACCCUGUGCCACAAAUCCUUGUGUCACACGCUCCAGAUGUGGACCCUGCUAAAUGCCCCCACGGCCAGCAGGAGGACUGUGUGAAGACGCGGAAUGACCAUCGGCAGAUCAGCUCAGCCUCUUUGACCCCAUACCCACCACCAAGGAAUCAUAGUCUGGAAGGGUAGCAAAGGCCUAGCGCGGUGGUCUGUCCCUAGGUCCAGCCCACUGGACCAUCUUCAGUCAGGGCCCCUUCGUGACUACCCAGUUCUUUUCUGGUGGUCCGAGAGCUCUGAUCUGUGAUGGGCCCACACAAGGUAUUUCGUGGGUUCUCUCUGCUUCCUCUACCCUUUCUUGCAGUUCCUCCAAACCUAAUAAAUUUUCCUCUUGCAAACAGAAA